AUGGCUAUGAUUAGUAAUGUUUUUAUUGCUGAUGAAAUUGAAAAAGAAUGUAUAGAUACACUUUUACAACAUGGAAUUUCUGUUACUGUUAGAAAAAAUGAAACAAAAGAUCAGUUACUUAAAAUACUUCCUCUUUAUGAUGCUGUAAUUGUUAGAUCUGCAACAAAGAUUACUAGUGAUUUAAUUGAAGCAGGAGUAGAAGGACGAUUAAAAGUUAUAGGACGUGCUGGUACUGGUGUUGAUAAUAUUGAUAUUAAGGCAGCAACAAAAAAUGGUGUCCUGGUAAUGAAUACACCCUCUGGAAAUAGUCAAUCUGCAGCUGAGUUAACCUGUACACUUAUUCUUUCACUUGCAAGAAGAGUUCCCCAAGCUGAUGCCUCAAUGAAAGCAAGAGUAUGGGCAAGAAAAAAUUUUAUGGGUGAAGAGGUUGGUGGUAAAAUUCUUGGAAUUAUAGGAUUAGGAAGAAUUGGUCAAAUGGUUGCAUCACGUAUGCAAGCAUUUGGUAUGAAAGUUGUUGGAUAUGAUCCUUUUAUUUCUAAAGAAAUUGCCAAUCAAAAAGGAAUUGAAUUAUUAUCAUUAGAUGAAAUUUAUCCUAUUUCUGAUUAUAUUACAGUUCAUGUUCCAUUAACAAAAGAGACAGAAAAUUUGAUAAACAAAGAAACAUUAUCCAGAUGUAAAAAAGGAGUAAAAAUAAUAAAUGUUGCAAGAGGAGGAAUUGUUAAUGAAGAAGAUCUUGUUUCAGCAAUUAAUAAUGGUCAUGUUUCAGGUGCAGCUUUUGAUGUAUAUUCUGAAGAACCACCAAAAUAUUAUGAUCUUAUUGAGAAUAAUAAAAUUAUUUCAACUCCACAUCUUGGUGCCUCUACAAUUGAAGCACAAAAUCGUGUAGCUGUUGAAAUUGCUCAAAAUAUUAUUUCAUUAAACGAAGGAAAAGAAAAUUGUGGUGCAUUAAAUGCCAAUGAAGUUUUAUCUAGAAGAUAA